AUGGUGAUCAAGGAUUCUUCUUUACGUUUCAAUGAGGAGUGUUUGCAGAUACUAGAUCUCGAUCCAGCUAUGUGCCUCACUGCAGCACGAAAGGGAGUUAAGCACAAGGAGUUUGCAUGGUACCUCGGAGUACAUCAUCCAAGGACAAUCAUGGAGUUCUUCGACUAUGCUGAGAGGUUCAUGAGCAUAGAAGAAGCUCUCGGCUCAAAGGCAGAGGUCCAACAAGGCGAGAAGAGGAAGAGAGAAGAUGAAGGAGAUAGUAGCAGCAAGUACCGGCAGAAGAUUUUGCGAAAGGGAGUUAAGCACAAGGAAUUCGCAUGGUACCUCAGAGUACAUCGUCCAAGGACAAUCAUGGAGUUCUUCGACUAUGCUGAGAGGUUCAUGAGCAUAAAAGAAGCUCUCGGCUCAAAGGCAGAGGUCCAACAAGGCGAGAAGAGGAAGAAAGAAGAUGAAGGAGCCAAUAGCAGCAAGUACCGGCGGAAGAUGAAUCUGACGACCAGGAACCCAAAUGUCUAUUUUCACUUUCAUCGCAACAUCAAGCACAACACUGAGAAUUGCCGCAACCUCCACGACAAGAUUGAAGAGCUGAUCCGCUACAGGUAUUUGACUAAGUACAUUCAGCAUGAGAGUAGGGAGUCAUCAGACCGACAAGCCAACCAGAUAAGGGAAGUUCCGGAGUCAAGCAGAAGAAAUGACCAACCACCUCGGCAACAACAGCCUCCUAAAGACAAGCCGAUCCGUAGGGUGAUCAACAUGAUCACCAGUGGGUCCAUUGUUGUGGGGUGCACAACAGCAGUAGGAAAGACUUCAGAUCGGGAGUUAAAGCAUGAAGCAAAAAACCCUCCAAAGAGACCUUGGGUGGAAGAGCCCAUUUACUUCACCGAGGACGAUGUGCGUGGGAUACAAUACCCACAUGAUGAUGCCCUCAUCAUCAAGCUUGAAAUCAAUGACUUCGAGGUAAAGUGGGUCUUGGUAGACUCAGAGAGUUCGGUGGACAUCCUGUUUCUAGAAGCCUUCGACAAGUUGCAUCUACAGCGAAGCGACAUGAAUCCAGCAGAUUCACCCUUGGUGGGAUUCAGUGGCAAAGUAGCCAGGCCCCUCGGUCAAGUGGCAGUACCAAUUAUAGCAAGAACAUGGCCUAACUCAAUGCGCUUCAAGCACACAUUCCUAGUGGUCGCGACCCCGUCCCCCUACAACGCAAUUUUAGGUCGACCUAUUCUGCAUGCCCUACGAGCAAUAGUGUCCACCUAUUUACCUAUCGAUGAAGUUCCCAACAAAUUGCGGAAUGGGGGUAGUACGAGGUGA